AACCCUUUUUCAAAAACUCAUACAUCAUUCAACCAUAUCACAAUCCCCAUCUCUCUCUUUUUACAUUCCCCCAAAUUCCACUCCCCACCCACCCCAUCAUGCCUCUUCAAGACUCCACCGCCGCCAUCGCCGGCGACCCACCACCGCCUAAGCCAGAGGCCAAAGUCCUGUCUCUGCUCCUCAAGGUCUCCAUUAUGAUCGUCUUAACCACCCUCUUCUUCGUCUUCCUCGGCCUCGCCACUGCCCUCCUCCUCAUCUACCCCUGCGUCGCUAGCGUCCUUCACCGCCGACGACGACGCCGCCAUCGCCGCCGUUCCCAAUUCACCGAUUCCUCAUCUGGGUUCUCUAAUCGUGACCUCAAAAAGCUCCUCCAGUUUCGAUUCUCCAAUUGGGUCAACCCCCACUCUCAAAUUGACUGCCCUAUUUGCCUUGGUGGGUUUAGAAAAGGUCAGUGGUGUAGAAAACUUGGUGGGUGCGGCCAUAUUUAUCACCGGAAGUGCAUCGAUUCGUGGUUGGUUAGGGUUUCUGCUUGCCCCCUUUGCCGGAGCUCCGUUCGAUUGGAUAUGGAAGAAAAUCAAAUGGAUUGUGCAAAUUCUCGGAGCUAUGAGAUUUUGUAUGCUCCGUAAUUGUAACUCUAGGUUGGUUUCUUCUUCUCUUGCCUCUGUUUCCCUUUUGAGAUGUAUAUAUAGUUGAAGCAUAGUUUGAAAUGAAGGUUUCUUUUAGUUAUGUUUUGAUAUUGUUGCUCUGUUUUGCUGCUGCUAUGAAUGCUUGUGGCUUUGGUUUU